UCCACUUUCUUUAGUAACUAAUCCUUUCCCCUUUCUUUCUCUACAAAAAGCAGCACAGCGACCCUGUAGAACAGGAAACCCACAGGCCACAGUGGAGAGGAGAGGAGAGGAACGUGGCUUCGCGAGGGAACCCCCAGAAUGCCAUCAUCAACAGGAACCAUCAACGGCACACACCACCGCCAAAACCAUCAUUCCUAUAACCCAACCUCGUCGUCUUCCUCCUCUGCCUCAUUCAAGGGCUGCUGUUGCUGCCUAUUCCUUCUCUUCUCCUUCCUCGUCCUCCUCGUCGUCGCUGUGGUUCUUGUAAUUGUACUUGCCGUGAAGCCAAAGAAGCCCCAAUUCGACCUCCAGCAGGUUGGAGUCCAGUACAUGGGUAUCACCACUCCCAAUCCCGCCUCGUUAGACCCUAGCGGCACUCCUACUACCACCUCCGCUUCUCUCACCCUCUCAAUUCACAUGCUAUUCACAGCAGUUAACCCUAACAAGGUAGGGAUCAAGUACGGUGAGUCCAGGUUUACUGUCAUGUACAAGGGGAUUCCGCUCGGGAAGGCGUCGGUGCCCGGAUUCUACCAGGAGGCACACAGCCAGCGGCAAGUGGAUGCCACCAUCGUUGUGGAUCGCGUGAACCUGAUGCAGACGGACGCGGCGGACUUGGUUAGGGACGCGUCGUUGAACGACAGGGUGGAGCUUCGAGUCCUCGGUGAUGUUGGCGCCAAGAUCCGUGUCCUCAACUUCGAUUCCCCUGGCGUUCAGGUAUCAGUGGAUUGUGCAAUAGUGAUUAGUCCGAAGCAGCAGUCUCUUACAUACAAGCAGUGUGGAUUCGAUGGAUUGAGUGUCUGACGGAUGGGACAACCAUAUACAGUCCAAAAGGAAAUUCAUUCUCCCUCUCUGCAAGAUAGAGAGAGAAAGAUCAGUGCUAAAGAAAAAAAAAGAAUGAGCCACAGAACAAACAAGGGGAAAAAUAACCGGCUCACAUGAAUGGCGUAGUUUGAAAGCAAAGGUAAGUGAGAGAUUCUUUGGGAUGGGAUGGGAUAUCAAAAAUGUUGUCCCAAAGUUUUUGUUGAAAGAGGUCAAUUAAUCAAUUGUAAGCAUAUGACGGACGAUAUCUGUUAAUCCUCGCUCAAUUCAAUUUACAUGCUCUUGUAUUCUUCUUC